AUGGCUACCUCUCCUUUGAAUAUCCAACCUUCUUACCACUCUCGAUCUAACAGCUUGCCCUCAAGGCAACACCCCCUUACUUCACAAAUUGAUGAGAACCUGAGCCGAUUGAGGGCAUCAGAAGCAGCUUCUACAUCAGCAUCAAUAGGUCAUAAACUAAAUGGCCUUCAAGAUUUGCAUGAAUGUGUUGAUAUGCUGCUUCAAUUGCCCCUCACUCAACAGGCUCUAGCCCAAGAGCAGCACCUGGCAUGUGUGGAAGACCUGUUGGAUGGAUCUCUUUUGCUCUUGGAUGCAUGUAGCACUGCCAAGGAUGCUUUGUUGCAAUCAAAGGAGUGCAUACAAGAACUUCACUCAAUUUUGCGCAGAAGACGAGGAGCUGAAAUGGGGCUUGCAAAUGAGGUCAGGAAAUACUUAACCUCUAGGAAGGCAGUGAAAAAGGCAAUCUGCAAGGCCUUAAAGAAUCUGAAGCAAAUGGAAACUAAAUUUAACACCUUCUCUUUCAACAAAGAUGGUGAGAAUGCAGCUGUGAUUAGCAUCUUAAGAGAAGUGGAAGCAGUUACUGUCAGAGUGCUACAAUCCUUAUUGUCCUUUAUCUCAGGGUCAGGGGCAGAAUCAAAGUUGAGCCGCUGGUCACUAGUUUCAAAGUUAAUGCACCCAAAAAGAGUAGGAUGUGUGGAAGAAGAAAAACAAACAAAUGAAAUUGCAAAUGCUGAAGCCACAUUGCGCUCCCUCAUCAAAUCUGACAACAUCAAGCACAUUGAAAAUGUGCAACAUGAGCUCCAAAAAUCAGAGUUGUGCAUUCAAGAUCUAGAAGAAGGACUUGAAAGCCUCUUCAGGCGUUUGAUCAAAUCUAGAGUCACUGUUCUCAACGUCCUCAACUGUUAA